UCGCACGACGUCGUAUUGAGACGGCUCAAGCACAGCUUUACUGACCACAUUCCUUGGUUUCCUUACUCUCACGGAGCUGUGGUCGACUCCACAUUUUUGCUCUGCCGCAGAUUCUCUUGUCUACUUUCCUUUCUCUCAACGCCAUCGGCCUUUCAUAAGUCUCAUUUGUUGAAACUGCGAGUUGCACCAUCAGAGACAGCUAUGACUGAUGUCUAUCGUGAGGUCCUAAUCAUGAAGAUGCUGAACCAUCCCAAUAUAGUCAAUCUUGUCGAAGUCAUUGAUGAUCCAGAAACUGAUCACUUUUAUAUGGUUCUCGAGUAUGUUGAAGGCAAAUGGGUAUGUGAGGGUUCCAGUCCAGCUUCUGGCUUAGGAGAAAGUACUGCUAGGAAGUAUUUGCGGGACAAUACAAUAUAUGUUUUCAAAAUGGGUUCUGGCAAGGAAGGCUAAGAAUCAAUAUAUAUGGAAAGGGUUUGAGGCUAUACCCAAGGCUCUAAAGGAACUUAAGGAUGAGGGUUUGAAGGAGAAUUUCAGUUCAUUUGAUGGCAACGAUGAUUCAAAAGUGUCUGAUGAUGAAGAAGAUGAUGAGAGAAUUUCUGACACUCGUACUGAAAGUCAACCUGACAAAUUAAACCCCAGUUUAAAUCUCAAAUCCUCAGCUUCUUCUAAACCAGAUUGUGAAAAUCCAAAAUGCGGAAAAAGAUGUAUUCCUACACCACGUGCAGGGACAUAUGUACAACUCGACGAUGGUACAGAGUUGCUAGAUGCUGUGAUGUUCGGUGAUGUUGCAGAAAACAUAUUCUCAUGUACUGCAAUUCAAUUAAGAUCAUAUUCGGACGAGAAACAUAAGUUGUUUGUCCAAAAAACUACGAAGCAAUUAUCAGCCAAAAAAUGGAGAAUUCAGUUGUACGUAGAUGCAAACCGAAUAAUGACUUCAAAGUACAAUCAGUUCACCAUUCAAGCAGUUGAACCAAUGGAAGAUUAGGAAGAAGUUACCUUUUUUUUUUUUUUACAGUAAUUUUAUUUUAUUUAGCGUUGAGACUUUUCUUGCUGCUGAGCUUGUUUUUCUUUCUCUUGACUUGUUAUUUAUGGAUUUACAUGGAGUAGUGUAUGCAAGUAUUUCAUAUACCCAAUUUUCUAAAAGUAAAUAAUAAUUAUUAUUUUAUUAUGAUUUA